AUGGUCGGCAAGACAGAUAAGAAGCCCCGCGCGGGAGACGUGGACCCGAAUAAAAAGAGGAAGCGUGACGCCAGCGACAAACAACGAAGCUCCGACAUCAAGCGCAACCGCAAGGACGAGAAGCAAACCACGCCCAAGUCGGACAAACGAACAUCGGAUGCCAACGAACUCAAGGGGAAUGCGUUGAAGGUUCUGUCCGAGUUGCAGAACGGCGAGACUGCGAAUACCACCAUAAAAACGAGAGACCAGAGUGAACUGCAGUCUGCGGGCGAGUCCAACGGCUGGAAGAUCUCAUCGCCAUUGGGUGGCAGAAUCGCUGAUAUCGACCCCGUUUUCAGCAGCGAUGCGAAGAACCUCAUUCUCACAUACCACACUUCCAUUCAAGUCUACUCUGUAGCAGACUCUCUCCUCGUCCGACGAAUCCUCCUACCGAUUGCGAAAGACAACAAAGAUGGCCCUGCUGCCUCGGUUCUCACCACUCAUCUCUCGCCCGUGGAACCAGACUUCGUCUGGGUUGGGUGCUCUGAUGGAAGGAUAUGGAAAUUCAACUGGAGACGGGGUAUCAAGCCGGAAGAUACCCUGAUAACAAAGUCUCAUACUGCACUGGACUUCUGCGUUUCCGCGAUCAAGGUCAACGAGGAACUUCACGAUGUUGUCUUUGUGUCGGAGAAAAAGCAAAAUGACGAGGGCACCAUUGUUGCAUACUGCCGCAAGGGCGCUUCCCACCUCGCAUCCCAGAUUCUUUUCAAGACCGUCCGACCGGACCAAGCGAUACAUGUGCUGCGCGCCACGGCUGAUGGAAAAUAUGUGGUCGGUGCCCACUCCGAAGGCCUAGUGGUCGGAACAAUCACUGGGAAGGACCUGGAACUAGAAGGCGACUUCUUCAACUUCGACACAAGUGACAUCAUCUGCACUUUGGAUCUACGGGUCACUAGCCGUCAACAAGGCCUCUCGACACCCAAGAAGCAAACUGUCAAACCCAGCUCAGAGGUUCUCGAUGUCAUUAUUGGAUGUGGCCGAGGCUCUAUCUUCUUGUAUAACGACAUCAUGACGAAGCUGCAGAGCAUGCGCGGUCCCAAGCCCAAGCAAAAAGAGGUUCAGGCCAGGAAGUUUCACUGGCACAGGCGGGCUGUUCGCAGCGUCAAGUGGUCAAGAGAUGUCUCCGGUGGCUCCGAAAACACACUCGUCCUGUGGCAAGUUGAUACUGCCAUCACCACGUAUCUUCCCCAUCUUCCCGGCGCUAUUGAAAACAUCGUUGUGUCACCGAGCGGCGCGCAUUACGCAGUUCACCUUGACGAUAACUCGGCAAUGGUCAUCUCGACCUCUGAAAUGAAGCCGGUCACGUACGUGUCAGGAAUCCAAUCUGCAGCCCGGUACUUCGCACAGCCUAAGGAUACACUGGUGAAGAGGGUGGGAGAGGUCUCAAAAGAAGUCCGCCACCCUAUUCCGGCAGCUCUCAGCCCUCUGGACGCAACGAAGCUGCAUGUUUGUGUGGGCACGGGUCAGCAGGCCAUGAUGUCUGGGUCACAACAGUCAGCACCCAUUCUUCAGUCUUUCGACCUUGAUUCCUUUACCAGUGUUUCCAAGCAAGCAUUAGCAAGGACACAGCCCACGGAUGUAAACAUUACGGCGCAGGGAAAUCCCAUUUCCGAACCGGCUAUCACACACAUUGCCUUUUCCUCGGAUGCGCGAUGGCUGGCAACAGUGGACGACUGGUCGCCGCCUACGGGAGACAUCGACAACAUGUCGCCUGACGCGAAGGAGCACCUUGUGCAAGAGCGUCGUGAAAUCUACCUCAAGUUCUGGUCGGUCUCCGCCGAGGACGAAUCCCUCGCUCUCACUUCACGCAUCAAUUCGCCUCAUUCCACCAGCAGACCUGAGACCGUCCUUGCGCUGGCUGCCGAUCCUGCCGCGCCACGAUUUGCGACCCUGGGAGAUGACGGCCUGGUCCGAAUCUGGCAUUUCAAGACGAGGCAGACUGAUGGCCUGACUUCGAAAGAUACCAAGGGUCAAUCUUUACAGUCUUGGUCUUGCGGCCUUACGGUUGGCAUGGGCAGCCAUGUCGGGGCAGACGUGAUCCCUGCCCCCGAGGGCCACAAGGCAGCCAAACGAAGCGGUAGCAUGAGCUUUUCAGAAGAUGGCUCGUCGCUGUUUGUUGCCUUUGGAAGCCGGGAUGAUGGGACUGUAUACAUCGUCGACACGCACACUGGCGAGACACGUAUGAUGCUGGAGAAUAUGUGGAAGGGCGAUGUCCGUUCACUGCAGGUUCUCUCUCCGUACAUUGUCACCCUGUCCAACGACCUUCGGGUCUAUGAUGUCGUGGCCGACGAACUGCAGUACGGCGUAAAGUUGCCUAAGAGGGAUGCUUCCUCGGUGCCUGCAGCUUUUGCUCAUCUACAAGUCGAUAAGAAGUCCCGCACUUUCGCCAUGGUCGUUCCAUUCACAUACUCUUCCCAGAUUGCGGUCUUCAAGCCGGAGGACCCUCAGCCUCUCUGCAUCGAGACGGUCCCCCACCGCAUUACGAGCUUGGUGUCAUCUGCGAGCUCCUCGGGCUUCGUAGCUCUGGACGAUGCUGCUCAGCUCUGGAGCGUCACUGAGGUUUCGGACCAGUCUGCAAUCUCCCUCGCCAAGCCUCUCGAAGAUCUGCGUCUCGACACGACGGUUGAGGAUGAUGCGAUUAACGGCGACGCCGAUGAGGAUGAUCAGGCCAGCGAGAUCGAUUUUGCUACGGACGGAGACAACAUGGAGCUGGAUGAUGACGAGACACACACCGCGAUCGUGAGCAGGCAGAAGCUCGCCGAGCUGUUUGACGCUGCGCCGGCCUUCGCCAUGCCGUCAAUCGAGGACAUGUUUUACAAGGUCACCGGACUACUGACCACGAAGCCGCUGGCAAGCACUGCUGCUUAG